UUAGCGUUUAGCUACUCUGCUAACUGCGAAAUAAACUUUCACUUUCUAGUAAACCCGGGAAUGCUCUCAAUUGGGAGAGCAACAUUUCCAGAAAACCGAAACCAUUGGCAGCUACAGUUCUGUGUGACAGCACUUGAGUCACAGAUGCCGGUUUUCAUCACAUUGCAGUGGCUUUAUCAGUAGUGUUUAUCUUUGGCGUGUAAAAGUUUUGCUGACCGUUUAAAUAGUAUUUUCACUAGCUAGCUAGCGCAGCUAGCCCCGCUAGCAUGGAGAGCGGCGGAAACAGGCAGAGAAAUGAGGAGAGGAGUGCGGAGAAGUUGAUGGAUAAUUACCUAAAAUCAAUUGGUCUGCAUCGGAAGAAGAUAGCCAAAGAUGGGUCGUGCUUGUUUCGGGCUGUUGCUGAACAGGUGCUGCAUUGCCAAAGCCUUCAUACUGAAGUUCGGGCCAAAUGUGUGGAGUUUCUGAAGCAAAACAGAGACAGCUAUGAGGCGUUUAUCGAGGGCGACUUUGAGGAGUACCUAUGCAAGCUCCAGGAUCCACAGCAAUGGGUGGGAGAAGUUGAGAUGAACGCACUGGCUGUCAUGUACAAGAGAGAUUUUCAGAUCUUUCAGGAGCCGGGCCGACCACCUGUCAACAUUACAGACAACAAGUUCAAGGACAAGGUGCAGUUGUGUUUCCUUAAUGGAAAUCACUACGACAGUGUUUAUCCCAUCAGCAGCAUUAAGAGCGCCGCGCUGUGCCAGUCCAUCCUGUACGAGCUGCUGUAUGACAGCGUGUUUAAGGUGGACCAGAGCUCUCUGGGCCUGUGUCAGCGCGUGGGCCGAUCGUCCGACUUCCUGAGUGACGACAACAUGCCCGCCUGCGGGAGCAGCGACGAGUCGGACGUGGACACGGACGAGCCGCUGUGGGUGGAAACUGAAGCGACUCCCUUCAGACACAACCAGAGCUACAGGGGCCGCGGCCGCGGCCGGCAGCUUCCAGAGAGGGCGAGGCGAUCUCUAAAUCCGACUUUGCUUAGAAAUAUCGAGUACGACGUCUGGCUAAAGAGCAAAAGAGCCCAGCAGAAAAUCGACUACGGCAUUGCCGCGGGGAUGCAGUUCACCGUGGGAGAUCGCUGCCAGGUGCGUGAGGGAGGGCGCAGCUACAACGCCACCAUCAAAGAGGUGCCUCCCGGCAACGGCCUGGUGACGGUCCACAUAGAAGACUUGGGCAAGAAACAGGUCCCUCUGUGGAGCCUCCGCUCCCCCGGCGAGGAGAGCAGCUGGUGCACCGUGGUCAGCCGCGACAGGAAGCUCAGCAACGGGCACGGAGAGUGGGAGGAGAGGGGGAGAGGGAGAGGGAGAGGCAAACUCAACCCAGCGCCCUCCUCCGUUUCCAAGGAAACAGCAGGGGGAUCCAGUGGGCGCGUACAGAAGCAGAAUUCAUGGCCUCCCCAGGCCUCUGUAGAGGGUCAGGCGGGGGGGAAAACCAUCAGGAAGUCGCUCAGCACAACCGAGUCCGCCCUCGGUCCGACCGAGAUUCCGAAUUUGGCCGAAGAGGAGGAGAUUGUGGAGGAUUUGGAGAUGCAGCUCAAAGACGAUCAGAGCUUCCCCGCACUCGGGACUCAGCCAGUAAUGCAGUAUGAAGGAGGGAGGAAGAAAGGAGGAGAGAAAAGACGGCCUCUGAGAAGCAAGGCGAAAAGUCCAGUCGAAGACCUUGGCCUUUCCACUCCGUCUGCUGGAGAGAAAGCCGAAUCCUCAAGCCCUCCCCUCGCAGCCGUCUCUGCUCACAGCACAAACAGCGGCGCGCCCGCUAAUACCCCGUCUGCGGACUCCGACUCUGCCUGGUUGAACUCCUGCAAAGCUUCCACGCCCUGCAUAAACACGGCUGCCGGCCUGCCACCGGCAGCCUCUGCUGCUAACACCGGACCAGCCUCCUCUCCACCUGCCCCCACCACCAGCAUGAAACCCCCCCUGCCCUCCACAGGCCUCCGCGCCUUCAUCACCCCGGUUCUCCCAGCUGCUUCAUCACCCCCAGCUUCGUCCUUUCUCCCCACGUCUGCUGCUUCCCCACCGCCCUCCCCCUCUGUCGAGCCUCCAACAUUCAUUGCCCCCAUCGCUCCCACAGCCGCACAGGUUCUCCCACGCUCGUUUUCCCCCAUCACCUCUCUACCUCACUCCCCCAGUCCGCCCUCCUCGUCCUCACUCGCUCACGUCAAAGAGACCCCACCGGCUCGGCCUACAAGUUUUUUGCCAAAAGCUGAAGGAACCCAGAUGGCGUCUGAAACUUUCCAAAUCCAGGCGCCUCUCUCCCAGAUGCGUCUCCAAGUGUCUGUGCCACAAAACCAGAACCAGAAACCCUCUUUACCCGAGGGCCAGGGAGAAAGCCGAGCUUCUCUCCCCCAGUCCUGUCCCCCCCAACAGCAACCACAGCCCAACACCAAGACGGCCUCCGAGCCCCAAUCCCCUCACCCUCUACCGGGAGAGUCCCACCCUCCUAUCCAGCCACCAGACCCCUCCCAAGUCCCCCAUCCUCCACCUUCCUUCUCUGGCUCCACAAGCUGUUCAAGCGCCGAGUCCGCCAGCGUCCAGAACCACGCCCAGGCUCCACCUCCACCUCAGAGGCCCCCGUCUCCCCCGCAGCCCACUCACCAUGUACAGUCCGCACCCCCCCACCCUCCGCCUCAGCCCAUGGUCCCCCUGCAGAAGCUGUCCCAGAUCUACCAGGACCCCCUGUAUCCCGGCUUCCCGCAGGGAGAGAAGGGCGAGAUGGCCGCCGUUCCGGCCUACUCCGCCAGCAGGUCUGGUGACGACCUGCCUCAAGAUGUUAACGUCUUGAGGUUUUUCUUCAACUUGGGUGUGAGGGCCUACUCCACGCCCAUGUUUGCUCCCUACUUCUACCUUAUCCCCCUGCAGCAAACCUACUACAUGCAGCCCAAGCCCUCCUCCCCCUCCCCGCCACCCCCCUACGCUCCACCCAACCCCACUGCCAGGCAGCAGGGAUCUCACACCCCCCCCCACUACCCUCCGACUCCAGUGUCAGUGCCCUCAAAGUACGACGGCGAGCCAGCCUUCAGCCAGGCCGGUUACCAAGGAGCCCCCCAGCCUCCAUCCCACCGGAUGCCCGUCCCCUCCGGGCCAUGGCUGCAGGUGCCUCCACCCCGAAACGCCAGCUUUCCUGCUGGGUAUCCCGCCCCUACUCCACCAUACUCGGGUCCCCCACCCUCCUCCCAAGGCUGCUUCUCAGGUCAGGGCCCACUACAGUCAAUGUACCCCACAGCUGCACCUCAGUAUCCCCCCGUCAGUGUGGGGUAUCAGUCCGCUUCCACCCCCGAAGAGUUCCAGGCCAUGCAGGGGAUGAUGGAGUCACUUCAGCCCUCCAACGGGGACCCAAUCCCAGGCCACGGGCAUUUGGCUAAUUUGGCUAAUGUUAACAGCAGAACCAUCGUAGUUUCUCCCAACUGUGCCUUAAAGGAGGGGGGUGAGGGAACGACCCGAGCGGUGUUGCUGGUGGAUCCGCCACUCAACAACAAACCCAUACUUGCGCUGAUCUCAGACCCUGAAAUGAAGGAUUCUCCAGUCACCCUGACCACCAUGAAGUCCGGGAGCAGCCCCGGCUCUCCGUCGGGCUACCGGGGCCACCGGAAACCGUUCAUCCCCACCAAACCGUACCAGGCCCUGGGCGCUCAGGAGCCCGGUCACAUGGGCUGCCUGCCGCCGCACGCCAUGGCCGAGCCGCUGUCGGUGGCCUGCGGCCCCGAGGAGGACUUUGAGAUGGGAGCCAUGAACUACACAGGCCAGAGGAAGAGCUUCAGAGCACGGGCAGGAAGGCCAAGGGGAGGCUACGAUGGAGGGAGGGGGCCACCCCGGAGAAGAUUUCGAGAGGCAGGGGAGGGGCAAAGCUUUCUCCAGUUUAACUCCUCCUACAGGGGGCAGGGUCGCGGGAGGGGAUACUAG